AUGCGUUGGCUUCUGUCGUUGCUGGGAUUUUGCCUGGCGUGGCAAUACGCCGCGGGCGGGUGCGGCGUCGCCGAGUUUGCUUGUCGAAGCGGCGCUUGCGUCCGCCUGGACGCUUACUGCGAUGGCACUGCGCAGUGCGCGGAUGGCAGCGACGAGCCUUUGCAUUGCUCUGUAUGCAACCGAACGUAUUACGGUCGCGCUGGAGUCGCCUACUCGCUUGCUGUGAGAGAGGCGCCGCGUGCGCCGUUUCUCUGUCAUCUGACCUUCACGGCUGGAGGGGGCGCCCACGGGGAUAUUGUGCAGCUGGCCUUUGACAAGUUCCAAGUUGGAAGAUACGAACCUGGAGCUCUUGAUGGAUGUCCUGAUGGGUACAUGCAAUUGUCGGAGCUGGGCCGCCCCUUCACUGGGGGCUCCUGGUGCGGCGAGGCGGGGGGCGCAGCCCUGUACUACUCCGAGACAGCCACCGUGACCGUCUCCGUAAAGCUGUUCAGGGCCCGUCUCGGGGAGCCCUUCUCGUUCCAACUGAGAUACAAGUUCUUGCAACAAAGGGAUGCUGUUGUCAGAUUUGGCGAGAUGGAGGCCCCCCUGGAGCGGGGCGCCGUGUCCCCCGGCACCUACUGCACCAGGACCUACGAGGAGUGCCACAGGAAGCCCUGCCGGCUGCAGUCCCCAAACUACCCCGGCAUGUACCCAAGGAACGUGACAUGCUACUGGAGUUUACGACAGAAGGACAUACCGACGUGCAAACACGCCAUGAUCUCCGUUCGGCAAGAGUACUCGCACAAAAUGCAAAUCAAACGCUCCAUUUCUAUGGCCAGUCUGAACAAAACUGGCCGCGCUGUGAGGGCAUGGCGCGAGUGUACUGGCGAAAGGGACCGUCUGAUCUUUUACGACGGCGGCAGCACCGACGAUCCUGUACUAGUCGAGUUCUGCGGCGGCGACUGGUUGCCCAGGGUCACCUCCCGGGGUCCGGAGAUGCUGGUCGCCUUCCACUCAUCCCCGUUCAGCGCGCCGCUGAAGUCCGCCGCGCCUCAGGCACCUUUGAGGGGCUUCGAAUUGGAUGUGGACGUGGUAUUCGCCGAUUCUGAUUCUUUGGACUAUGCGAGGGAAGCGCGCCGUUGCGAGUUCCACGUGAAGGCUUCCUCCUCUGAGGAGGAGGGGAAUGCGACGGCGGCGGGGGGAGGCCGGGGGCGGAGGGGGAGGCUGCGGGCCCCCUCGCACACCCUCCCGCCCAACACCACGUGCACUUGGACCUUCCAUGGGAGACCUGGUGACCUGGUGUGGAUUUACUUCUCAAGUUUCACCCACUACUCUCUGGUGGAACCCCGCCGAGUGGAAAGUGGGGAAAGGGACGAAGAAAACGCAUUGGGACCCCCGUUGAUGAGUGGGGGCUGCGCCGUAGAGCUGCGCAUUUGGGACGGCGGUGGGGAGUCCUUAUUGGGCCGCUACUGCGACGCAACGCCCGCGUUGUGCGCACGCGCAGCGUUAGCUAAUGCCACACGAUCGCCGAGACCCUGUGCGCCGCCUGAUGGGUACGUAUCAGCGGCCGCGAUGCUAUCGAUGGCAGCUACGUCUAAACCUGGAACAGCCACCCACCCACUGGCCUUCUCCUUACACUAUGAGUUCGUAGACGCUAGACUCGAAGGUCUAACUAUGCCCGAAGACCACAGAAAGAGACGGGCUGUACCGUCAGAGUGCGCCAGAGUUUUGACCACACCGGGAAUGUUCACAUCGCCACGUAAUGCCUUAUGGUUCGGUAGAGGAGGCGCUAAAAGUCUGAGAUGUGUGUAUAGAGUACAAGCGAGUGGAGGGAAGGUUGUUAUAGAUUUGACAUCAGCAACUUUCGGCCGAGAGCCAAUGUGUUCGACGAAGCCCGACCCGGUGACUGGGCGGCCAUCUUGUGUGGUUGAUGCUUCGGAGCCAAGAAUUGAGGAUGGAGAGAUGGGUAAUGAAGUGGAUGAGAUUGAAGAAGAUGAGGAGGUGACGCUUCGUGUGCCGCAUUUGCAAGUUUAUGAUUCUCCGUGGCCGGGGUAUAGGGUGCCUGUCGCCUGUAUCUGCGACAAUAGCAGCACCCCACUCCACCUGGAAUCCCUCAGCGGAGCCCUGGAACUAGAACUAGUGGCUCCUAGACUCCGACCAGCUGAAGACCAUAGACAUCUGCAGUUCCGAGGCAACUGGACGAGACACAGCGCUCCGCCAUGCGCCUCCAGAAGACGACUGUCACCGCCUGGACAGAGAGUGCAUUUGGUGUAUCCUUACGCGUAAGAUAACAUUUAGUUUAACCGCAUGUCAGAAUGCGGCGACACCCCGUUCCUGCUGGCGGCGCGCGGCAACCGCAGCGUGUUCCUGCGCGUGUGGGGGGAGGAGCUCCCCCCCAUGGACCCCCCUCCCUGCCCCACCACCAACCGCGUGCUGGUCUAUGAUGCGCGCGAUGACAAGUUAAUCCGCGUGAUAUGUCCCGGGGACGGCGAGCGCACCGUUCACGUGUUCACGGACGACUGGUGGGGGCGCGGCGUGCGCGGCGCUCUCACCGGCGCACGCGCAGCGCUCCUCGUAGUGUGGGCUGCGCGGGAACCGGGCCGCGCUCACUUCUCCUGGAUGGAGGUCUGGCGAGCUGGACCCACGUUACAGAGAUUGACAGGAGUCGAUGUCUGGCCGAACGCGAGUCAACAAUGUGCUCACCCGUGUAACACUAUAGGCGCUUGUAUGGAAAGAGAUUUGUGGUGUGAUGGCGAAACGGAUUGCCCUGGAGGGGCGGACGAGGCCGGGGGGUGCGGGACUACGGCUAGGAUCUUGGCAGCACUGGCGGCGCCAGCGGUGGCCGGGGCGGCUGCUGGGUCAGCGGCGGCGGCUGGCUUGUUAGUCCUUGCGUGCGUAGCUGUAUGCAGAAGACGCAGAAGACGCGCCGAUAAGCAGUUACUCGGCGCUUUGGCCGCUGGUCGCAGAUUAACAGAGGAACUUUUGUACGACGCGUCGCGAACAUCUUCCACGGCUUCCUCCUGA